UACAUGUUCGUUGAUUGCUUGCCUAACGCCAGCAGGAAACUGCUUUACCCAGAUAGUAUAUCUAAAGUCAGCCUCACAGACACUCUUGAGGUAGAUGCUACUUUUCCCGCUUCAGAGACGGGAAAAUGGAGCCCGAUGGAAGCGAGGUGACUUGCUUGGAAUCCUUAGCAAGGAUGCUCAAGAGGGUGGGAACUCGGCAGCAGUUCGGGAACCUGGGACUCCGAAGCCCUUCUGCAGGUAGCCGCCAGCCACAGGCAUCUCCCCCACGCAAGCAUCCAGGGCAGCGGGCUGCGCUGACCCUGUCCCCGCCUACAGGCGUGAAGACUCCUUUGUGGAGGAAGGAGGUAGAGGAUCCCGAGGCCAGGGAGGAGGAGCCGGAGGAGGAUUCAUCAUCGUCCUCGUCGUCCUCGUCGGUGGAGGAGAAGUCGGACCCUGAGAGCGCGACGGAGACGGAGGAGGACUCCCGAGAAGCGGAUGAGCGCGAGGCCCGCCCGGUGUCCUACAGUCCGCUGCGCCAGGAGCCCAGCAGCCAGCAGGUGGCACUGCUGCGACGCUCGGACAGCAGCUUCUGGGGCUGGCUCAGCCCGUUCUCUCUGCUGGGUGGCCUGGCGACCCCCGCGGACAGGAAGCGGGGUGCCCCGGAGGAACCGUGCGUAUUGGAGACGCGGCGGCGGCCACCGCGCCGCGGGGGCUGUGCGCGCUGUGAGAUCCUUUUCUGCAAGAAAUGCAAGACUCUGCACAGCCACCCGGCCUAUGUGGAGCACUGUAUUCUUGAGCAUCCCGACCUGGGUAAGGCGGAGGCCGCCAGCAACUCUGAGCUUAUCCACUCCCAGCCUCUGAGCCAGCAAAGUUCCAAACUCUUCUAUCUCUAG